GUAUGUUUACUCAAGAAAAAUACACACUCUCUCUCUCUCUCUCUCUCUCACGCAUUUCCUUCUAAUCAUCGAUGUCUCAGCUGAGGAGAAAGCCAAAUUUGUCAGGCGAGAGUCUCCCACACGACGUCGUAUUCGACAUCCUGACUCGGCUGCCAGUGAAAUCCUUAAUCCGAUUCAGGUGCGUUUCAAAAUCAUGGUAUUCUACAAUCACAAACCCCAUUUUCAUUACCACACACCUCAAUCACAACCUCAACCAACCCAAGUCAUUAGUAUCCAAUACCCAUUACAAUAACAGCCAUAAUGGUUUUCUGCUAUACAAGUCUUCUGACAAAGAAUUGUGUACUUUAGUUUACAACAGCGACGGCACAUUCACCGAGGUUUCUAGGUUUCAAAUACCCUUUUUAUCUUCCAGCGUGGUUGACUAUUGUAAUGGCAUGUUCUUCCUUUAUAGCUUUUUUGGUCCUACAAAUGCUGUAUAUUUGUGGAACCCAGUUAUUCAAAAGUUUAAAAUGAUCGAUGUUAUGCACUUCAGACCUUUCACUGUCGAAUUUUUAGAAACAGUCGCCUAUGGAUUUGCUUAUCAAUCUCAAAACAGUGAUUUCAAGAUUCUCAGGAUUGUGUCUUAUGAGGGGCUUGGUGAUGAAAAGGCGCCACCACCUGAUGCCGAGGUUUACACACUGAGUACUGAUUCGUGGAGAACUGUUGAAUUGUCAGUGGAAUCUGUACCAAAUAUUGGAUCUAUAUUUGCUGUACUACCAAACUCCUGUGUAUUUUUGAACGGAGCUCUGCAUUUUGUUGCAUAUACUUGGGGCAAUGACGGUGACAAUUUCAUCUUGUCUUUUGAUGUCAAUGAUGAGAUAUUUCGAGAGAUAAGACUGCCGGAGAAUUACUUAGAUGAAUUUUAUUCAAAGUUUGAUGACUGUGUUCACCAACUUGUGGUGUUCAAGGGAAUGUUGGCUUUGGUUGUUCUUGGUCCGGCUGAGAAUGUAGAUGAAGACGAAGAUGAAAUAAAUACGGAUAUAUGCCUCAUAUGGGUAAUGAGAGAGUAUGGUAUAGUUGAGUCUUGGACUAAGACAAAUGUACUAUUUGAUUGGGUUAUGACGUUCUUUGACUGCACUAACAGCGGCGAAUUUCUAAUUGAAACUUUUGACAGCAGGCUCGUUUCAAUAGACUCUGAGAGCCUGCAAGUGAACAAUCUUAGAAUUCAAACAACUACCUGGUUGGCUUACACAGCUGAUCUUAUGGAGAACUUGGUUUUACUUGAUCAGCAAAAUGAAGCUGAUACUCCUUUGAGUCCUGAGAGAAAUCAUGGAGAAGCUUCUGACUCCUCAAACUGCUAUAGCCUCUGAUUUUCCCCAAAACUUUCAGCUCCUUCCACUUAGUACCCAUCUUCCUAUCUCUCCCUAUAUAUAAGUGACCCCUCCACUGCUCCACACCAUUUGCUUCAUCAAGCACAUAUCGUUCUUAUACCGGUUAUAUUUGCCACACAAAGUUUACGAUUCUUUGCUUCCAAUUUCAAGAGCAAAAAACAGUCUUGUUAAGAGUAGAUGAGUUCAAUAAGGAGAGCUAUUGUGGCAGACAGUGUUGCAGUUGUGGAAGCCAUGAAGGACUUGGGGAUCUGUAGGUGG